GUGGGUGGCAGAUAUUUUUAUGUCACCCUGAUAAGGCCUCACGAGGGUCAGGUCAAAAAGUCCCCAAACUUCACCCUGUGUUUAUCACAGAGGUUGAAGUUUUACUGUUACAGCUCAUCCGGCAUUUGAAGUUAUGGCUCGAAGCUCGAUAAAGUGCUUUUCCUCGGCAGCUCUUUUCAAAGCGAGUGCAAGUAAAGUAGGUCAGGCGGCACCUCGCUUCCGUCCAUUAUUGUCCGCAGACGUCUGUCACCGCGCUGCAGCCAUGAGUGUGUCGUCUGCUCCUGUGAUGACACCUCCAGAAUGUUUAUCCCGCCCGCUCCAGUUCCCCAACAAGUUGCUGAUGGGUGCGGGUCCAUCGAACGCACCACCCAGGGUACUCGAGGCGCAGGCUUUGCCUCUACUCGGUCAUCUUCAUCCAGAUUACACUCAGAUCAUGGAUGAAGUGAAGCAGGGAAUCCAGUAUUUGUUCCAGACAAGAAAUAACUGGACAUUUGCAUUACAAGGUUCAGGGCAUGCUGCAAUGGAGGCUAUGGUCUGUAACCUGUUAGAACCUGGAGAGGUUGCUGUGGUUUGUCAAAAUGGUCUUUGGGGAACUCGUUUUGCUGACAUGGUGGAAAGAAAUGGAUCUGUAGCUAAGAAGAUCUCUCACCCUAUGGGUCAGGUUUUCACCAGGGAAGAAAUUGAAGAGGCUUUGAAAAAGUACAAUCCAGCCAUUGUCUUUAUCACCCAUGGAGAAUCAUCUGGAGGUACAGCUCAGCCUCUGGAGGGUCUGGGAUCACUGUGUCGCCGAUAUGACAGUCUGUUAGUAGUGGAUUCGGUGGCUGCCAUAGGAGGAGUCCCUCUAUUUAUGGAUGCCUGGGAAAUUGAUUGUCUUUAUGCUGGCUCACAGAAAGUUCUAGGUGUUUCCCCAGGUACUGCCCCCAUGUCCUUCUCUGACCUUGCGAGGAAGAAGAUUGAAAAUCGUGCCACUAGAAUCAGAUCAUAUUACUUUGAUGCCACCGAAUUGUCAAAUUACUGGUGUGACAACCAACCUCGUAGAUACCAUCAUACAUCACCAAUCAGCCUAAUGUAUGGCUUGAGGGAGGGUCUGGCUAACCUUUCAGAAGUGGGUCUGCAACAGAGCUGGGCUAAUCACAGAGCUUGUGCAGAGCAUCUGUGGGAGGGCAUUGAGAAGCUUGGUUUGCAGCUUCUUGUGACUGAUAAAGACAUUCGUAACCCUUGUGUCACCUGCAUUAAGGUUCCCGAAGAGGUCCAUUGGAAGGAUAUCACAGAUUUCGCCAUGAAAAACUACAAGGUGGAAGUAGCCGGAGGCCUUGGUGACCUGGUUGGCAAAAUCUGGCGCAUCGGGAUCAUGGGUCACAACUGCGCUGUGGACAAAGUUGACCUGGCGCUAACUGCCUUGAGGGCCGGUCUCGUCAGUGCUGGGUACAAAGUACCUCAAGUCUGACCGUCUGGGAAGCGUACAUCCCUUCUACCAUCAACUGCCAGAUGGCAUUCACAGAGUUGAAAAUUCUGUCUGUGGCAAUGUCACCUCCCUACUUCAUAACCAUCGCUUUUAAAACUGAGGUUUUUGAUUAAGGUGCUAUGAUUUUCUUCACUCUUAUAACAACAUGUAAGCGUUGUACCUUCAUGUUAAUUUAUCUUACUUUAUCUUUUGUUAUAAUGUUAUACAGGUUAUUUAUCUUUUAUAUUUAAAUAUAAUUUUUAAUAUCUUUGUCAUUUGCACUACUGUGAUAAUGUGUGGAUGCGUACCUGGGAUUUAAUGUUCAUUUGGUUUUCCACCUCCAAUUGUGGAAGCUGCCAAGGUUUGAUGUGCUACAAUCUUGUUGCUUGAAUACUUUGGCGAUGUGGUUGCCACGACUGGCAGUGGUUGGAGAAAUGUUUGCUCGAAAGAAGAGGUCAUAGCCAGCGAUACCCGACCUACAUGUCAUGACAGAUCGCUCAGCAGACGAUUUGUCAGGUCAGACAGGUCAUCACUUGGUGAAGGCCGAUUAAAGGUUGUGAUUGCAUGGUUCUGUAUCCAAGCUGUAUUCAAAGAUAGUAAGGAUCAUUUGCUUAAUCAGGUAACUAUCUGAGAGUUGUGAGAUUGUAAUUCCUACCCUCCACCCCCCACAAA